CUCACUUACUUGUCGCACGCACCAGUGUCAGUCAGGUUGCGUGCCAUGCCAUGCCCGGAUGCCCGUUCUGGUCUCUAUCUAAACGUACCACGCACCGGUGACACACACGCAUGCACACUAAAGAGUCUGUCUUCGGUCUUUCCUGUCUCAGCUGAUCCACCACACCACACCACACCAUCACUAAUAUGCUUCCGUAACACACAAACAGUGAGCAAACUCUCCCCAGCACUCACACAUGCAAUGAGGCAAACAAUGCACACGCCAACGACUGCCUGUCCUAAGUGAGUAGGUAGGUAGCUUCAGGUCAUUCAUCUGUGGAGGGGAGGGAGCCAUGCUUCGAUAUCUAUGCGAUUGUGGGAAGGGAAACGAGGCCGGAAUGUGCGCAGGCAGGCAGGCAGGCAGGCAGACCAGUAAAGUGAUAAGGAUCGCCACCCAAUGUCAGUCAGUCCACCCAUCCAUCCAAUCAUCCAAUCAUCAGUCCUUCGAGUCGCUGCCGUUCGGCAGACAGAUAGACAGACCAACACACGCACCAACCGACGAUGCAUGCUCAUCGGAUGAAUGCCCGCUCGCCCCGCCCCGCCCUGGGAAAAUUCAAAAACCCCUCUUCUCUUGUGUUCUCUUCUCUUCUGAGCUGUCAUCUUGACGCAAAAAGCGGGCGAGCAGUCCAGACGGACAGACCGCAGAGAGACAUACAUACAGUCACAGCAGACGUACGGAAGGACGCAUACCGUGGGUGGCAUUCACACACCCACACGGACAGACAGACAGUAGACAAGUAGAAAAACGAGUGGACUCGCUCGCUGUCCAUACGAUACGUGGCGUCGGUCAUGUGUGUAAGUGGACAGGUGGAUGAGUGGGUGGAUGGAGGGCUAUGGAGUGGACGCAUACACAGGAGAAAAAGAGGGAAGAAAUCGCGACCGUAGCAAUCAAUCAACGGAUGGACCGAUGUACGCAUUACGUAUGUUAUGUAUAUGUAUGUCUGUACCGAUAUCUUGUAUGUACCGAUCGCAUUCAUAGCCCGUAUGUACGUAAAGAGGAGCAAGAAGGAGCCGAGGCAGCAGGGCAAAACCUACACCCAGCACACACCAUGGCAUGCAGCACACACAACACAACACACAACCCGACACACGGCAUGUGCCAAAGUGGUGUAUAGGUACGUGUGUAUGGUGCGGACCCACCAGCCGCACCAUUCACAAAUAUGUACGUAUGUGUGUGUGUGUGUCUUUGUGUGUGUGUGUGUGCAUGUCUGCACCCACGCACCACAGCACAGCACAGCACACCACACCACAGCCACAAGGAGGAGAAACAGAGAAAUAGAGAUGAAUAGUCAGUCAGUCGGUUCAAAAAGAAAAAGACAACACGAGAAAACAAGCAAGCCGGGCACUGCAUUGCGUUGCGUUGCGUGGUGGUGGUGGAGGAGGAUGGAGGGAAAGAACCAAGCCAAGGAAGCUGUGAGUGUCUGUCUGUCUCUCUCUCUGUCUCGGAGAUAAGAAAGAAAAGGAACUCAUCAUCCAUCCAUCCAUCCACACACACACAUACUCAUACACACACAGGUGUGCAAGCCUGCACCCGCCAAUCACUAUUGACCUCAUUCGUUCUGCCACAAGGCCCACCCACCCACCCUGCCUCAUUCCUUCCCGUCUGCCUUUCUGGGUCUGUCUCGCUUCUCUUCAUGUCACCCCGGCAGCACAGCACAGCACACACACUCAGAAGCGGUAAGUGAGCAGGCAAUUCAUCAGUAAGUGUACCCACCCUUCAUUUCAUUCUCUCUGCAGCUCUCCUCUCUCUCAACUCAACAGGUGGGAAGGUAAGUAAGCAAGUAGGUUUGUUGACCCGCCGGCAGGCAGGCAAACAGGCCGGCACUAUACAUCGAUUCUGACCCUCCCCUCCCGUCCCCUCGCCAUCCACCCUAGGUACCUACACCCCUGCCCCUAUGCACACCCCGCUCAGCGCACCCCCGCGCCACUCGCACAUUGCCUCACUCACGCCAUCACAUACUGCAGGAUCUCCUCCUUCCCAAUCGGCUCAGUAGCAGCAGCAGCCGAUGAGAGCCACUCGAGAUCGAAAUAGGGCCGGAGCCCUGCCACGCCGCCACUGCGAACCGGUGAGGCGUUCCGUGGCGCGUCAGACAUAUCCACGUGCGGCACAUCAGCAGAGUCAGCGUCGGCGUCAUCAUGGUCGUGGGCAAUCUGCUCGAAGAGCGAUGAGACGGACGCCGUCAGCUGCUGCAGGCUCAGCUGCGUGUCGGCGACCAGUCGCCUUCUUCUCGUGGGCUGGCCGUCGAUGUGAGCGAACUCGGCCACCAGCUGCUGGUCCAGCCAGUUGACCGACGAGAAGGGCCCGUCGCCGCCCAGGAUCAACGGUGAACCAUCCUCCUUCCCCUCAACGGGUGGCAGGAUAGUGGCCGCCGCAUUGAGAUUGAGAUCGUCACCAUCGCGCCCCGAGGUGCUUGUGGUGGAACCGCUGACACUGGCUGGGGAGGGGUACUCGACAGAAGGAGAGGGUCCAAGUGGCGCUGUGGUGCCGGUGUCGGUGCCGACUGCCCGGCCUCCGAGGGUGCUGUCUGGGCAGGAGAGCACGGCGUAGUGGACGCCAUCGGGGUCUACGCGGCCCUUGCGGAGGUUGAGCAGCUCCCCCGUGCAGACCGUGCGAGAGUCGCCGGCACCCUGCCACUUGAUGUCGCCACCGGGUGUCUCGGCAUAGAAAUACCUGACCAACGAAAGAUCAAGGUAGACAGAUGUGUGUGUAUGGUAUGUGUCCAGAGGAACGAACGUCGUUGCAGAGCUCUCCCUCCCUCUCCUCACUGACCAGUCUUCCCGUGUGGAUCGGAUCUCGCCCCUUGCGUCCCGCAGGAGGUACUUGGGCGCGGUUCCCUCGCCUCCCGCCCGCGCGGUGCCCCAACACAGCGACUUCCACUCACCGCUGCUCUCGCCCGGCCUCGUGUCAUAGUACCGCACGGCGAUCCUCACGUCAGCCGGACACUCAUUGGAGACCCAGAAGAUGCUCCCCGCCGACUCCUCAAACACCACCUCGGGCGUGCCGCCACCGGUACCGCUGCCUGAUGCAGACGUGCUAGGAGUGCCGCCUCGCGCGUCAGGCUGUGUGAAUCCCGCCUCGCCGGGGAGCUCGGGAGGUGGGGGUGGUGGGACGUAUGAGGGGCUGCCGGGGCCGGAGGGUGGGGUGGCGUCUUGCAGGAUUUCGGGGGCGUUGCCGUCGCCCUCGACGGUCAUCUCGAUGGGGAUGUCGAGCUUGAACUCUCGGAGCUGGCCAAAGAUCUCCCGGUACCACUUGCCCUCUAGCCGACCCUUGUGCACACCAGCCUUCAGCCGGCGAGCUGACAGAAAGAGGGACAGAGAAUCAGGUUCAUCGAUCGGAUGGAUUGAGGUCCUCAUUCAUGCUGUGCUGUACUGUGCUUUGCUUUGCUUUGCUUGCUUACCGUCGAGUUUGAUGUCGAGUGUUUGUGGUGCGACGGGUGUGAUGACCAGGUCCUGGUCAGAGGGGGCGAAGAAGAAGUGGGGCUCGAUCAGCAUAGCACGGUAAGCGUUCAGACGACCCCCUAUAGGGCACACACAACCCACACACACAGAAAUGAGUCAGUGUCCCCUCCCACACACACAUUUAUUGCCCGGUGUGUCCUUGCACCCACCAGAGAUGGUUCUGUCCUGAAGAGUGGGGUCGGGCCUGGCGGACUGGACGAGGAUGUCAACCACCUGCUGCGGCUGGAGGGAAGGGUUCUGCGCGAGGACGAGUGCGGCGACGCCGCUGGCCAUGGGACACGCCAUGGAGGUGCCCGAGGCCGACACGUAGUUCUCCCCCGUGUACGAGGAGGUGAUAUUGCCACCAGGAGCUGACAGACAGACAGAGAGAGAUGGAUACAUAGAUGGAUGGAUGGAUCAGUGUAAGUGAGUGCCGAGUCCCUGUGUGUGGGAUGUGCGUACCUGCGACGUGCACAUUGGUGGCGCCGUAGUUAGAGAAGGGACUCAGCUUCCCGUCCAAACCGUACGAUGCUGCACACAGGCGACACGAGACACGCAAGACGAAGAUACACAUGUGUGCCCAGCGGUUUGCGUCGCGUGUUGUGGUGCAUGCCAUGCAUACCGAUAGUGAGGGUCCAGUCGCCGAUGAGAGACGCGGGGUACUCGGGGUACACCGAGAUGUUCAAACCGCUGUUGCCCUGACGAACAACACACACACACACACACACACAAUUUCCUGUGGCUGGUGUUUGUUUAAUUCCUACUUACCGCAGCGGUGAUGAAGACAGUGUCGAGGGCGUAGAUCAUGGCGGGCUUCAUGAGGUCGCGCAGCCUCUGGCGGUCGGUGGGGGACAGACCCGGGUGGCUCCCCAGCGAGUUGUUGAUGACGCGCGCGCCGUUGUCGACCGCGUACUCGACAGCACGCAGGUGACCCGACAAGUUGCCCUAAACACACACACAUAGCCCCGUUCCUUACAAGUGCAUUGUCUGGGUCCGUGUGGUUGGUGUGCUAGCUAGUGACUCACCGCUCCCUCUCCGCCGAGAACUUUAAGCGCCAUGAUUUUGGCGGUUUUGGAGAUGCCGGCGAUGCCUCUGCGGUUGUUGGUUCGCGCGGCGAUGACGCCGCUCACGUGGCUGCCGUGGCCGUUGUCGUCCAUCGGAUUGUUGUUCUGCAAUCAACGGACACACAGACAUGGCAUGGCACCCACAGAUGCAGACAAGGUAAUGUAUGUAAUGAGGACCGACGUGUGUGUUGAUGUGCUGUCCUCACCUUGUCGAAGAAGUUGUAGCCAACAAAGUCAUCGACAUAGCCUGAACACACACACGGACAGACAGACAGACACAAUGCAAUGCAAUGCAUGCACCUUCCCUUAGCUGCCCUUCGCUGCCCUGCCCUGCCCCCCUACUGACUGACCAUUGUUGUCAUCGUCGACCCCCUGGACGCCGUCGAGCUCCUUCUGGUUGGUCCACAUGGUGCCGAACAGGUCGGGAUGGCGGUAGUUGACACCCGUGUCGAGCACAGCCACCGUGAUGUCAUUGUCGCCCCUGUCGACGGCCCAUGCUUGCGGCAGGUCCAUGUCCACCGUGGGGUCCCGCUCGCACCGACUGCCGCCCCUCAGACCCGACGCCACGGGCGGGCAGGCCUCCAGACUCCACUGCAGAGGGAAGUAGGGGUCGUCGGGCAGCACCCACUCACGGCUGCUGUCGCCGCCCUGCUGCAGACGCAGCGUCAGGUCCGGACUCUGAACGCAUUCACACACGUACACGCCGAUUACAUGCCUGGAUGAGGUCACUUUGGUUUGUCAAUCCCUUCCUCCCUCCCUCACCAGCAUGGCGAUUUUGUUGUCGGGGUCUCCGUCGGCGAAUGCCUUGAAGAACUCCUGCAUGCCGUGCAGCGUUUUGUCUCUGAGCUGCACGAGGUCGAUCUCGCACACACCCUCCAGCCUCAAAUGGUUGACGGCCGUCCCACCACCAGCAGGCGGGGCCGUCGCCUUGGCCCUGAUCAACGGCUCAGUCGACUCACCCUCAUCGCGACCAGCAAGGUAGCGGGGAGUGGCUAUGUGGUCGGACAGCAGGCGGCGCUUCAUCGUCAGUCUCCUCCGGCCACCGCCCUCAUCCGUGUCAGCACUGUCGUCGUCGCACCGCCAGCCGACAAUGACCCUGUCGGUGGGGAAGAGCUCCUGCCCGUCGGCAUCUCUGUUGUCCUGCAGCUCCCGCACGUCCACCACCAUGCGCAGCCUCUCGCUGCCGACGUCUGUGUCGUCCAGCCGCCGCCUCGCCUCCUCGGCUGGCCGGACGGGCGCGGGGAUGAGCUCCUCGCCAUGCUCCUCGCGUGUGACGCGUGCACUGUGCAUGCGCUCGCGGGUAUGGAUGGCGUCAGAGGCGAGGGUCGAGCCAGACAGAGGGGGAUCUGACGCAUGCCACGCCACGCAGAGAGAAGACACACCACACCGGUUUCAACACAUGCAGGUCAGGGAGAAGCAAAGCAUCAAAGCUUGGGUACGUCUGCACUUACCGUUGGUUUCUGCCUGCUGUAGUCUCCUGGAGUCCGGAAGCACCACCUCAUCGAUGUCCGGCUCACUGCGGAACAAGAUCCUGGUGCGCUGAAGUGCGCUCAGCCGUAGGGUCUCGGUCUUGGUCUCUCCCGCCCGAAGCGUCAGCGAUAUCGAUGCUCUGUCCACACUUACGCCGUCCUCCGUCAUGCCUUGAGCCGACGCAAACAGACCGACACGCCAGGCGGACGAUGACAGCACCAAAACUGCCGCCAGACAACAGACAGCGGCUGAGCGGCUCAUGUGGAGGUUGUGAAGGAUGCUUCUGUGCCGUCUUGUCGCCCUCCGGAGCUGUCUGGGGCUCUGGGGAGCCUCCGAGUGGGAAGCGGGAGGGUCAGAGCUCAGUGAAUGAUGGACGGGCCUCUCUCGCCGCAUCGUUGUGUCUGUCAUGGUCGCGUGGUGGGUGGGUGGUUGAUUGACGCGGUCGUUCAGCAGCGGCCUUCAGACUGGAUUGCCUCUCCUCCCGGCGGUGAGAGAGUCAGAAGAUUUGAUACCCAGCGGGGAAAGAUGGAUGACAACGGAUCGAUACGAAUGGUGAACCUUGACAAGACAAGCUGCCAGGAGGAGAGAGAGGAAAGG